AUGGGCGGCCCCGACCCGCGGCGGCCCCACGCGCUGCCGCUGCUGGCGCUCGUGGCGCUCGCGGCGCUGGUGGCGGCGCGGGGCGACGCGGCGCCGCUGCAGCCCGGCGGCUCCCCCGCGCUCACCAAGAUCUACCCGCGCGGCAGCCACUGGGCCGUGGGACAUUUAAUGGGGAAGAAGAGUGCUGAAGAUUUCCCCUAUGUUGAUGAAGAAGAAAACAAGAUCUCACUUUCAGUGUCACCUGAAAAUACCAAGCAGCUGAAAGACUAUCUGCAGCGGGAAGAAAUCUACAAAAUACUAAAGCGGAUGGAAGGAAAUGAGAAUAAAAAUGCUCAUGUCUUAAAAAGAGGGCUUCCCUGGUACACCAAGAGCGCCUGGGAGAUGGAUGGUGGUAGCAACAAGGAGGAUAUGACAGAGUAUCCGCUGCAAGUUGUGAACAUGAAGGAAAGCCCACCGAGCUGAAGGUCUCUCAGCCUUGAAGGAAGGGGUAACUUCCRCAAGAGACUAUGUUUCACAAGCUCCUGAUUGUAUCCGGUAGCCAACAAGGUUUCUAUUCUGUAAACAAGAUUUCCUUUGUGUAAAAUAUCUAAAUACACAUUCUUGUGUGUCUCACCAUUCACCAAACUCUCUAUUUGUUUUCAGAGUUGCAUUUUCUUGC